AUGUCUCUCCGACUACGGGACCAGGGGCACAGACCUCUACGUGACCAGGAAGAUAGAACUGGCACUUACAUGGAGCUAUUCGUCGUCGACUGGCUGAUCAAGGAACGCCUCGUCAAGGGCCAACCCAUAGGAGAGACCUGCAGGGUAUGGAACGAAAUCCUGCACCAAGUCUUCCAGUCCACAGACGGGUAUUCAACCGGGAUGGAGACGCUUCCUGGCGGCGGCAAAGCGGCAGAGCUGUUCACAUCGCUCCUGGUCAUCGACGUCAUACCCAACUACGAGAAGACACUCCUUGUGAUCACGAGUAACGCGCCUGGUCUGGAGGACCAGGCCCAUAUCUGGCUGGAAGCCGCCGAACUGCUUGGUGCGCACCUUGCUGCUAUCGAUGCAGACCAUCGCAAAUUCGGGGCGGUCGCUGUGGGAAAGGCGGUUCGGUUUUAUGAGUGGAAGGUUGAUAAGUUGGUGGAUCUCGAAGGUUGA